AUGGAAUCCUCAGAGGGUAGUUUUAGUAGGCUGCUCGCCACUGAUCCCAGGAAUCCAAGAGCAGAUAACACAAACUUCAAGCACAUCCUAAAUUUCACACCCAACACUUUCAACCAGAAUCAGUUUCCCAUCCCACAACCACCAUUCAACCAGACUCAGUUGCCCACCUCACCACAACCAUUCAACCAUUCCCAUUAUCCCCAACAUAGUUCGCCUACUCAGGUCAUGCACAACCUGAAUCCCUUUGGUGGUGUAAGCAACCUCCAGCAGUAUGCCCAGUUCUCACCAAGUUAUCAAGGUUUUCAACCACUACCCCACUUUGGCUUCACAGGUGGAAUGUUUGUAGGUGCUGCUGCUGGUGCAUCUUCACAUGGCUCAGAUUCAGCAACCCCGCAAUCGCAAAUAAGAAAGGUGGAGCAAGAUGACCAAAAGCAAGAUUCAAGCGACAGCAGCCCGGAUGAAGGAAGGAGGGCUGUGAGAAUUAAUUACAGUGAGGUCGAGAACCUACGCCUUGUAAGUCUUUGGAUUAAGCAUUCAGUAGAUUCAAUUCAUGGCAUAGAUCAGACUGGAGAGGCCUACUGGAAGAAAAUAGCAGAAGCGUUUAAUUCAGGCCAACCUGAAGGUGCAAGAAGAAGGUCAAAGGGACAGCUCAAAAGCCAUUGGAGAAGACUUAAUGCAGCUGCUACCAAGUUCAAUGGGCUCUAUAAUCGAAUGACCUAUUGUAGUGGGGAAUCUGAUGACAUGCUCAUGGACAAAGCACGUGCCACAUUCAAGAGAGAAAACAAGCAAAAGCCCUUUACACUUGAAUAUGUCUGGAAGGUUCUGAAGAAAGAACCCAAAUGGUAUAGAAGUAUACCUGGUACAGAUUGUUCAGACAAGAACAAAAGGACAAAAGUAGAUGAAUCUGGAGCAUACACUUCAUCUUCCAACCAAGACACAGAUGAGGUGGAGACAUUCAAAGAAGUGCGCCCAGAGGGGCAGAAGAAAGCAAAAGCUAGGAUGAGAGGAAAAGGAAAGGGAAAGGUCAUACCACAAUCUCCCCUAGGCUCGCAGCCAGAUGAAGACAUGGUUUUGUUUCACGAUGCUAUGUUGAAGAGAGCAGGUGCACUAGAAAAACAGUAG